CCCUGGCCGGGUUGUCUUGUCUCCACGGCACAAAAAUGGGAAGCCCAAGAAAGCCGGCCAGCUAAUCGCCUAUUCCUUCCCUCCUCCCUCGCAUUCCGGCAGGCUCCGCCAACGUCCGUGCGUCCCCGUCCCCGCGUCGCCGCUUCCCCCCUCCCUUCCCUUCCCUCCGUCCUCGGCGAAUCGAAGCCGCUAGCCCCCGACAUCCAUGGCUGCCGCGUUAACCCGCCUCCGAUCCGCCGUCGAGCGGCUCGGGCCCUCCCGCGCCCGCGUCCGCGCCUUCUCCGCAGCCGCUGCUGAGGCCGAGGCGGCCAGCGACUCUAGGGCUUUCACCGCGGCCGCGGUGGCCGCCGGCUCGGGGCUGGGGAUCUGGCUGCUGUCCUCGAACCCGCAGCCGCUCGCGGACUCCGGCCUGGCGGAGGAUGCCACCACCGCAGGCGGCGGAGGCAACAGCGGCUUCCCCGCAGCUUUCGGCGGUGUUGGAGCCACCGGGGAGCGGGAGGCCAGAUUCCUCUUCGGGGAUUCAUAUCGCCGAAGGGUGUUCUUCAAGUAUGAGAAAAGGAUUAGGACGCGCAGCCCUCCAGAGAAGAUCUUUGAGUACUUCGCAUCCGUCCACAGCCCGGAGGGUGAGAUGUACAUGUUACCUACCGACCUGAUGAGGGCGGUCGUUCCCGUUUUCCCCCCAUCAGAGUCCAAAAUUGUCAGGGAAGGGAGAUUGAGGGGGGAGCGCCACCCUGGCGAGCUACAGUGUGCCCCAUCUGAGUUUUUCAUGCUAUUCGAUACAAAUGGUGAUGGAGUCAUCUCCUUUUCUGAGUAUAUCUUCUUUGUAACAUUACUUAGCAUCCCUGAAUCAAGCUUCAAUGUGGCUUUCAAGAUGUUUGAUCUUGAUCACAAUGGGGAAAUUGACAAAGAUGAGUUUAGGAAAGUGAUGACACUGAUGCGAUCCUAUAAUAGACAAGGAGCUGCUCAUAGGGAUGGUUUACGCUUUGGACGUAAGGUUUGUCAGCCGGUGGAAGAUGGUGGACUGGUCGAGUACUUCUUUGGCAAGGAUGGGAAUGAACAUCUACACUAUGAUAAGUUCUCUAGUUUUUUGAAGCAAUUGCAUGAUGAGAUUGUCCGCUUGGAGUUCAGUCACUACGAUGUGAAAUCAUCCAACACAAUACCUGUGAAGGACUUUGCUUUAUCCAUGGUUGCUUCUGCUGAUAUGAAUUACAUAGACAAAUUACUGGAUAGAGUCGACGAUUUGGAUGACAAUCUUGACCUCAAGGAUCUGCGCAUUACCUUCGAGGAGUUCAAGGCAUUUGCUGAUCUUCGAAGAAGGUUGGAACCAUUUGCAAUGGCCAUCUUCAGCUAUGGCAAAGUAAAUGGUUUGUUGACGAAGCAGGAUCUAAAACGUGCUGCAUCACAUGUUUGUGGAGUGGACUUGACUGACAAAGUAGUGGACAUAAUUUUCCAUGUGUUUGAUGCUAACUCUGAUGGUAACCUGAGCUCAGAGGAGUUCCUGAGGUCAUUACAAAGAAGAGAAGGUGACAUUCGCCAGCCAGCAACUUCAGGUUUCCUAGGGGUGAUUGCCUGCUGGCUGAACUGUACGAAGUGUUCUCUUCAACAGAUGCUGCCCCAGUAGAUUCUUUUGACACUCAUGACAGUGUCUUCGUUGCCCUUGGUUGCUGUGUUUAAUGAGCUGGAGAACGUGAUCGACAACAGAUAGAGUUCAGAAGUGUGAAGAGGAUUUUUGGUGUAAAUAUUACCCUGCGGCCCCUGCUUAAUACUGAAUUAGAUUUGGUCAUACCACGUAGCAGCUGUAAGGAAUACCUUCCGUUCUCGUCCAAGGGCUCCAAUGACAUGCAUCUUCUCCCCUGACGUUAAAUGUCCAUCGACUUAGAGCCUUGCUACCUAUCUUGCUUUUAGCUCAUCCCCGAUGCUAAUAUUCUGUGGAUUGUGGCUGGACAAUCACACUUGUAAUGACUAAUCGUCACUCGAUGCUUCUCUUUUACUGAAUAAAUGAAUGGUAAUGUGAUCCGCUGGAAAGAUUAUAUUAUGGGAAAAGGUUGUGACA